UUUAUAGAUCAAUUGGGGUAAUCGUGUAAAUCUAUGCCAUCCUUGGUGCCCUCAUACUUCCCUUGGUAACGGUAUAUGUGACAGGGCGUGUGACAAUACAAAAUGUAUGUGGGAUCAUGGUGAUUGCGGGGUUAUAACACCGGCACGGAUGAAACGAAAAUACCCCAACGGUCUGUUUUCUGGAUCGUUGUAUCAUACAAUGGGGAUGUUUAACCGGUGUAGUCAGCAAUCAACAGACACAGUGUACUACCAUGAACCUCGACAUAGUCCCUUGUUGGUGAAUAGACAUAUAGCUUUAGAUCUGGAAAAUGCGUUUCACGAAGAUUUUAAAAAGUCAUCAGCGUUCCACUUCCGGUCACAGUUUAAUGUGCAAUAUUCCAUGGCAUAUCUACUCUAUGUGUCGUCUGCUCGUGAAGUCAUGACAACAGACUCAAUGUUUGAUGAAAUGGACACUGAUAAAUCUGGAACAGUGUCGGUUGAAGAAGAGAUGGAAUUUUUGAAUGAUAAAGGUAUUUCAAAGGCAUCAAUGACGUUUCUAAUAGAUAGUACCUUACAAUGUAGUUAUUCCAAUACAGGGAAACCAGGAGAAAAACAACAGGCAACAAUCAUCUAG